UGGAGUUUGGCCCUCCCGCGCCAAAACUGAAAACCAGGCUUGAAGAUGGCACAACAAAACUUCCCAAAAUGUCACACAGUUACUCCAAAGUUGAUCAGCUGUUGACAUCGCUGCUUGCUGUUGCCCCUGCAGAGGUUAUCUAAUGCAUCACGUCCUGCAACCUGGAAGAUUUUUACUCAGAAAUACGUGCCACAGAGUGUGGUCCAAGCAUUACGUUAGUGUUGCCAAGAUGAUGCGUGCAGUGUGUGUUGAUGUACCCGGAGGACCGGAGAAUUUGCUGCUGCAGUCUGUUCCCAGACCUAAUCCCAAAGCAGGAGAAGUCCUGAUUAAAGUUCAUGCAGCUGCCCUCAACAGAGCAGACCUGUUACAGAGACGAGGGCUGUACCCUCCUCCUGCCGGCGAGAGUGACAUCAUAGGCCUGGAGGUAGCUGGUACUAUCCACACCUUGGGUCCAGGGGUGAAAAAGCAAUGGAAACCAGAUGACCGGGUCAUGGCUUUGCUGUGUGGAGGAGGAUAUGCAGAAUAUGUUUCUGUGCCCGAGGAGCUUCUCAUGCCCGUUCCCUCUAAUCUCACAAUGUGUCAGGCUGCUGCAAUCCCAGAGGCCUGGCUCACUGCUUUCCAAUUGCUGGAUUUUGUUGCUCAGAUGAAGGAGGGUGAGGUGGUGCUGGUUCACGCUGGAGGCAGCGGAGUUGGAACAGCGGCUGUUCAGCUAGUUCGUCUGUUUCGGGGUGUCCCCAUUGUCACUGCGGGGAGCCCAGAAAAACUGAAGCUGGCUGAGAAACUGGGUGCUGUAGUUGGAUUCAACUACAAAGAGGAGAGCUUUGCACAGGGAGUGCAUGACUUCACUGGAGGCAAGGGAGCAAAUGUGAUCCUUGAUUGCAUCGGUGGGCGCAACUGGGAGUCAAAUGUGAGCUCUUUGGCCAUCGAUGGCAGGUGGGUGCUGUACGGCACCAUGGGAGGGAGGGCGGUAGAGGGAGAUCUGCUGGGCAAACUGCUCUCCAAGCGAGGCCACUUGCUCACUAGUCUCCUCCGCUCUCGCAGCCUUCAGUACAAAGCUGACCUGGUGAAAGCUUUUACAGGCAGGGUGUUGCCAUAUUUCUCAGACCAGCCUGCCACCCUGAGGCCAGUGAUUGACAGCACAUUUAGCCUGGAUGACAUUGCAGAGGCUCAUAAGCACAUGGAAGCUAACAGAAACAUGGGGAAGAUUGUCAUCAGUGUGAUUCCACAGAUUGAGCAAACACAGUGAUGAAUUCAUACUGUAAUAGAAACGCACUGGCUUUGAAAUUUCCCCAAAUACUGAAACCCACUGUCAUUGUAAACUUUUCUUUUGUUAUGAAUAGUCAUAAUUUACUAAUAAUAGACCAAAUCAUUGUUUUUCAUUUUCUGUUGUAGUUUUGUUACGAUUGCGUCCCGUGUUACUGUUCUUUUUCUAUCCCCUAUUCAUUGAGGUGAGUUUUCUCCUGUGGUGGUAUUACUCACAAUUUUCUACUAGCAGCAUAGAAAUGACAGAAAUAUGCAUUUCAAUGCAUGAUCAAUGUUUAUAAUAGUUAACUAAAAAGUUAAUUCAGGAAAAAAGGAAAACUAACUCACAAAACUAGAAAAACAUAGACAGUAAAUGUUAUAAGUUUUAAUCUUUGCCAGUUUAGAUACAUUUUAUUAUCACAGCCUGCCUGAUGAAAUUUUGUUGCAUUUGCUUAUUGAGACUUGGGAUGUCUACAUGAUUGUGAGUCACCUGACAUUUGUACUGUAAAAAUACCUGUUUUGAUUUUCCUAAAUUUUGCCCCUGAUAAUAAUCCUCAGGGGUCACCACAGCAGAUCAUCUCACCUUAUCUAUUCUCUUCUGCCACACCAACCCUCUGCAUAUCCUCCCACAGUACAUCCACGUACCUCCUCUGUGGUCUUCCACUUUUUCUCCUACCUGGAAGCUUCAUACUCAGCAUCCUUUGUCCAGAAUAAAUCCACUAUCACUCCACUGCA